GAAAGAAGAAGAGGCGGAGCUCGGCAACACUUUACGUUACAUGGCCGUCGAAUAAUAAUUAAAAAAGAUGCCAAAAGUUUUCAUCCGGCGAAACUCAGGAUGAAUGGAACAAGUUACGCGAACUUUGACAACCAGGAACACGUCUUAAAAUUGGGGGAGACGUUCGAGAAGCACCCCAAAAGUGCCUAUCACACUGUGCGAUAUGAUUUCAAACCAGCUUCGAUUGACACGGCCUGUGAAGGUGAUCUGGAAGUUGGCAAAGGAGAGCAAGUCACUAUCACUUUACCCAAUUUAGAGGGUUCUAGUGCCCCAGUGACAGUUUUCAAGGGCUCCAAGCGCUCAUACAUGAAGGAAUGCAUCCUCAUUGUCAACCAUGACACUGGCGAGUACAGACUGGAGAAGCUCAGCAGCAAUAUUGCAGUCAAGAAGACCCGGGCCGAGGGCAGCAGUAAGAUUCAUUCCCGCAUGGAGCAGCAGACCAGUCGUCUGGGCCAGCAGAUGAAGAGCAACAGUAGCGGUAGCAGCGGAGGUGGAAGCAAGAGCUUGGCAGGAUCCAAAAGUUCUCCGCCCAAAGGGAAGACGUCGCCCACAUCGCCCCUGGAUGAUAUCGAGAAAGAGCUGAUGGCGGAGGCUCGCGUCAUGGACCAGAUGAGCAGUGCCAGUUCCUCCAACAGCUCCUCUUCCUCCAGCAGCGAUGACAGCUCCAGCAGCAGUGACUCAGAGGAUGAGCGGGCCGGUGGCACCGGCACCGCCAUGCCCCCGACUUCAGCGGUUGCCCAGAACAACCACAGCAUGCCCGUCCUGACCACCAACAGCCGCCAGCAGGAUGGAGGAGGGGGAGGAGGAGGUGGCGGCGGAGGAGGAGGGCUCAUGAACACACUCAAAAACGACCUGCAGUUAAGCGAAUCAGGCAGCGAAAGUGACUGACCAAUCACCAGCCAGGACAUCCGCUGUUUCCAUUUCUUUCCUUUCCAUCUUGAUCAGUUCUCUUUGUUUUGUAAUGCAAGCAGCAAUCUAUUCAGGGCACUCCUGCAUUUUGUUUUGUCUUUACAUGUCUGCCGAUCAAGUCUUAAAGCACUCACUGCGGUGAUUCAACACAUGAAACCUUGUCGUACAUAGACUUUUUUUUUUUAACCGCUGCCUCUGCUUAUUCGUUUGCUUAUUUCAUGUUACUAUUCACCCGCUGACCAAACUAUUCACUCAAUUCAUCAUUCAAGCUAAAUUAUGCUAUGUUAGCGACGUGGCUCAGGGUAUCCCCAAAAUUCUGUUCUCAAACAGGACCUGAAUUUCCAAACUCAAUCACAGAAACAUCAAUAAAAAUAACAUUUGUUAAAACUGGAACCACGAUCCGUUUUUGGUCCCAAUGCCAAGUUUUGGGAGAUCCCGUUGCCACCAUUGUGUGUUGCUAACAUUGCUAGCGCAUUUAGUUGUUGGUGUUGAUACUUGACUCUGUGGCUAGUAGCUAACAUUGCUAUAUAUCAAGUUAACACUACAGCUGGUUACCUCCAUGUCUUGUUAGCCAGCUGCUAGUGUGUCACCGAUGUAGCUACUUUUCUAUGUGGCUACUUGCUACCGAUGAUGUUGUACCCAGCUGAUAGUGUGUAGCCAUGACCCUCCAUUGGGUGGUGCCAAAGUGAAGCACUUAUCUUGUCGGUGUAUCGAGUCCCCUCGCUCGAUAGUUGCUACCGGUGCUAGUGUAUGUAGGCUCCGGUGUAGCUCGUUAGCUCCUUGGCUGCUUGUUUACUGUGCUAGCAUAUCUAUCUCAUUUCCAACGCAUGUUCUUACAUAUUGUGUUGCUAACAUUGCUAGCACAUGUACUUGUGUGUGUUGCUACUUGAUUCUGUGGUUAGUUCCCAAUGCUGCUAUCAUAUCGAGUUGACAGUGUAUCUAGCCACCCUCGCGGUUUGGUCCUAAUUAGCUAGUUGCUAGCACCUGUGGUUGACUAGUUGACUCCAUGGUCUGUCGCUAGCAGCUAGUUGCUAAUGUUGCGUGUGUAAUUGUUACAGAACAUUAGCUAAUUUUGUCAAUACCAUAGCCGUUCAAGGCUGAUUGCUAAUUUAGCCAAUUGCUAGCAUACCAAGUUGCCUCCGCGAUAUGGUGCUAAUGUAGCCAACUGCUCGCAUCUCUAGUUGCUACCGUAGGUAGUUGAUGAUCUAGCUGGCAGUGCAAUUUUUUUUUAAAUUGGUCUUGACCAGGUCAGUGGUGCCUCGUAGCUUUAAACCUGCAAUACUUGAAUCCGAAUCAUUAAUUUAUUUCUCCAAGCGGUGAAUGCCUAGCCUCAGAAUAAUAUAUGUGAUGUAAUUUUAGUAGUCGGCGGUUUCACCAAUCGGAAACCUGUUGGCACCGCUGAGCUCCGCCUUUUUUUUUUCUCGCUUGGGUCUUUUGAAAUGAACUGGUCCUGUUUGUAAAAGGAGAAAUAAAAUACUUCAAUUGGGUA